AUGCCUGUUGUCAGCCCCCACAGGAUCACCGUGAGCGACGCUGUUCAGUAUCUGCAGUGCUGCUUCAGAGUGUCUUCGUUGUCAAGCUGUGCCCAGCAAGAUUUAACCUUUGCAUAUUUUUGGCAGGUGGCUGUCUGGCAGUGGAACUACGUUGACACCUCGUUGUACCUGCUGCUGUUUACGAGGCGGUGCGCUACACCGCUGCUGCUUGACGGCGCUAUUUCGAAGCAGGAACAGCUUACUGUAGGCAAACUAUCAAAUCAAAAGGUGUUUGAUGAGAAGCAGCCUGAAACUGUGGAAGAAGGCUUCGCAAAAAGGCUUAGACCGCUUACAGACAGUCACGUUGUUUGCCUUGGCCUAUGCAGCACUCAUGCAAUCUACAGGUUUCGUUUUUCACAAGCAUAUACGCCCCAUAUUUAUCACUAUAUCUGCUGCUUCUCACCCGAGGAAACUACAGACCGACCCGCGGAGGCAUUAGCCCGACGCACCAGCAACUGGCCACCCCAGCGCAUUUGUGCUGGAGUACUACGUACACUGUUGCCAAAGUGCCAACUGUGCGCGAAACGCUUUAGGUGA